GUCCUUUUAAAACAAGAUGGCUGCGCUCUGUUGUUAGCGCAUGUGUUUUGAAAGGAAGAUGUUGCAAUUCACAAUCAUUUGAAUUGGAAAUAUAAAGAGGAAUUGUACACUUUUGUGUGGCGAGAUUCAGUGACAUAAAUGGAAACUCCAAAGAAAAGUGGUGGAAAAAAGGCUAGCAAAAAGCCCAUCCGGGUCAAAACGGUGUUCACAACCCCGUUUCCGCUCAACUGGAGCCCGCUUCCACAAAAUGACAUGCAUUUUAUCCUGACAACCUUGAAAGACAAACUUAUUUCCUUGGGGCUUGAGAAGAAGGAGGUGAAGGUGUUUCGGCCAUGGAGGAAAAGAAAACCAGGUCCGGAUACCUCAUCUACAGAUAUGGACUCAAAUAAAAUAGCGGAUUCGCCCAAAGGUGGCUGGACAGAUGUGACCGUAAGGCGACAACUUGCCCUGGGCAUCAACGAGGUCACCAAAGCUCUGGAGAGGAACCAACUCAAGUUGGUUCUGGUGUGCAAGUCUGUCAAACCCAAGCACAUGACCAGCCACCUGAUAGCGCUGAGUGCCAGCAGAGGCGUCCCCGCCUGCCAGGUUCCCCGAUUGAGCGAGAGCGUGGCCGAGCCACUGGGCCUCAAGAGCGUCCUCGCAUUGGGGUUCAGGAAACGCGCUGGCAGGGACAAAGCAGAGGCGUUUGCUGACGCAGUGGAAGCCAUCAUACCCAAAGUGCCCUCGCUGGAUGUUCCUUGGCUACAAAGUACAGCGACUCGUAUCAAAUUGCAGCACUAUGACACAACAAAAAAGAAAGGUGAACAGAAGGCGGGCCAGAAAAGGAAACUGGAGCCGGAGAGUGAACGCUGUACGCUGCAACCUUUCAAAGUGAAAAAAAUAGUUGCCAACCCAGCCAAGAUCAAGAGAAAGCGGAAAAAGAAGCAAGCCAAGUGAAAUUCAUUUCAAUCACGCUGUCCACAUUACAUCUGUGUAUAACAAUAGAGAUGGAAAUAAGCAGCGUCAAUAUGGUCAAGUAACAACACAGCUUUUCCCUAAAAAGCAAAACAUGGAAAAAGUCUAAGCCUUGUUAAUUUUGUCAUGUGAAUUUAUUCAAAUCUCCAUGCUGGUUUCGGCGGUGUUUAUUGAAACAGAUGAUUUGCAUGACGUCACGUAGUCUACAAUGAUGCUGGUACAAGUUCUGUUAGCCUUUUUCACAGCUCAUAAUGGAUUUGAAUAAAAUUAUUGUUCACUUUGAUAAA